AGACACAGAAGCUAAGCUCUGCUUCGUAGGAACUGGGUUUUGCCUAGGAGGUCUUCUUCUUUCUAGAAAUCAGAUGGCUGAAGUUGGAUUACCAUGGUGUGGGUUGAGGUGGAGUAUGGGAGUGGUUGUGGCUGGUUUUCUUGUUGUGGCUCUAGUCAUUGGUUCAGUACAAGACACAAUCCAACAAGAUGCUUCAACUUAUAGUGGGGCUGAAAAGUUCCAAUCUGGUUAUUUGAACAGAGUGUUAAGCUUUGUAUGGCGACCGGGUCAAUUGGGUUAUGUGGCUGUUUGGCCUGAAAUGGAAUUUGGGUGGAGAAUUGUGGUUGGAACAAUAAUUGGAUUCAUUGGAGCUGCGUUUGGGACUGUGGGAGGAGUGGGUGGGGGUGGCAUUUUUGUUCCUAUGCUCACUUUGAUUAUCGGGUUUGAUGAUAAAUCAUCAACAGCAUUAUCGAAGUGUAUGAUCACGGGUGGAGCAGCUGCAACUGUUUUUUACAACUUAAGAUUGAGGCAUCCCACUCUUGACUUGCCCAUCAUCGACUAUGACCUGGCACUUCUUGUCCAACCGAUGCUUAUGCUUGGGAUUAGCAUUGGAGUUUCUUUCAAUGUAAUAUUUGCUGACUGGAUGAUCACAGUGUUGCUAAUCGUUAUUUUCUUAGGCACAUCAACGAAGGCGUUCUUCAAGGGAGUUGAGUCUUGGAAAAGAGAAACUAUACUGAAGAAGGAAGUUGCCAGACGAAUGCAGUUAAAUGGUAGUGGUAGUGAAGAAGUUGAAUACAGACCUUUACCUGGCACUCCGAUCAACAGUAGUCUAUCAGGAAGAAACGAGUCUAAAAGAAAAGAGGUUCCUAUUAUUGAGAAUAUAUACUGGAAGGAACUUGGACUUCUGGUUGCUGUUUGGAUCUUGAUACUGGCGUUGCAGAUUGCUAAGUAUUAUACCACAACUUGUUCGGUAGCAUAUUGGGUAUUGAACCUCAUGCAGAUCCCAGUGGCUUUUGGAGCAAGUUCAUAUGAGGCUGUUAGACUGUACUACGGACAAAGAGUGAUCUCAUCCCAGGAUGUAUCAAGCAUGGAUUGGAAAGUGCACCAUCUUGUUCUUUAUUGUGGCUGUGGCAUAAUAGCUGGUAUAGUUGGUGGUUUGCUUGGACUUGGUGGAGGCUUUAUCUUGGGUCCUCUUUUUCUGGAGCUGGGAAUCCCACCUCAGGUGUCGAGUGCCACUGCUACAUUUGCCAUGACAUUUUCUGCGUCAAUGUCAGUUGUUGAAUACUACCUUCUCAAACGUUUUCCAGUUCCCUAUGCUCUCUACUUCACUGCUGUGGCCAGCUUUGCAGCCCUUGUAGGACAACAUGUUGUGAGAAAGGUUAUUAAUAUUUUAGGGAGGGCGUCUAUAAUUAUCUUUAUUCUGGCCGCAACAAUCUUUGUGAGUGCAAUAUCACUAGGUGGAGUUGGCAUAGCAGAUACGAUUCAAAAGAUUGAGAACAACGAGUAUAUGGGAUUUGAAAACAUAUGCACUUAACAGCUUGCAUUUUUUUUAUUUUCUCAGAAUAGUAGAACUUCGAGUAUAGUAGGGAGUGAGUGAAAACUGUUUGGACCAACUAAGCUGGUUCUACAGCUAAUCCAUUGUUCUUCAAGUUGUUGGGUCACGUUUUUCCUUGUCUAUUUCUCGGGUAAGAUAAUGUGAAGGAAAAUGAGAAAGAACAUAGCUAAAUGGAUUUUAAUUCGAA